GCGAGCGGAAACCUCGGCCCAGCCGUUCUCCAAGAACUCCUGAACGCCGGAUUCCAGGUAACAGUCCUGACACGAGCCGGAAAGGCUUCUCAGUUCGACUCCCGCGCUCAUGUAGUCGAGGUCAAAUAUGAUUCGAUGGAGUCCCUCUCCUCAGCCCUUGCCGGCCACGACGUUGUCGUGAACACGCUGGGCGCAAUCCCCAGAGACAUCCACCUCCGACUGAUCGAUGCCGCCGUUGCCGCUCAAAUCCCACGGUUCAUUCCGUCGGAGUUUGGCUCGGACACCACCAACGCCAACGCGGCAAACCUCCCCGGCUUCGCCGAUAAAGUCGCCAUCGCACAAUAUCUCGACGAUCUGUCCCGAGAGUGCAAGUUGACAUAUACGCGUCUGCUCACUGGACCGUUUCUUGAUUGGGGUCUCAUGGCCAAAUUCCUGAUUGACUUGUCAGGCCCAGUCGUGGACUUGUACGAUGGCGGCGAUCGCAAGUUCAGCACAACCACUCUUUCGGGAGCAGUCAAGGCUGUCGGCGGUAUCAUCCGGCAUCUUGAUGCCACGGAGAAUCAGGGGGUCUAUGUGUCUGAGAGAAUAGAAUAUAAGAUACCCCACCCACUUUUUUGCCCGGUGGUUGAAUCUCUAGAUUGA